AUGACCCUGAAUCACAGCAAGACAUGGCCUGUCACCACUAUGGCGGUGGUACAGCUGAGAGUGAGUCCCCAGGGGGGAGCAUACGAGAUCAUCGAAAACAACGCUCCAUUCGAGGGAGGAAAGACUCCUAAGGGGCGAGACGAGGCGAAUUUUGGAGACAACACGAUAGCUGGCGAUUGUAAUAAUGAUGGGCUAGUCGUUCCUUUGUUAGAAAAACAUCUGGAAAUAUUUACGACGAUGUCGUCGAGACGCAAGACGACCAUAAGGACGGAUACCGUAUCCACCAUUUUGGAUCCCGCUGAGUUCGAUUCAGAGACAAAUGAAAAUUGUGAUACCCAGACCCUGAAUACAAAAACAACCGCAGAAGCUUUUACCCAGACUGCGCCAAGGCACGACCAGAACGAAAAAACUAUAGUUAACACGGUUGAAGGCAUCGGUACACUAGAAGAAUUCGAAAGAGUUGAGAGAAUGGAAAAAAAGAAGGAUAUCAACACCCAAAUGAGUGUAAUCAUUGGAAACCCGCUCAACACAGAUGACCAAACAGUUAAAGUGACCUUGGUCGAACCAAAUAACCAAGAAAUGCAAUAUGGCAUACAGCGAAUGUAUAAAGACAAAUACUCAGAACUUUUAAAUAUGAAAGGGCCCCUGGAAGUCAUGGAAUAG